GCGGCUGACAGGAUGCGGCCGGGGCUGGGCACGGGCAGGCGGCAUGGCCCCCCCGCCUAAGGGCCCCCCCGCCCGCAAGCUGCUCUGCAUGUGCAGCCUCUCGCUCUGCCUCACCUACGCCUGCUACAGCCUCAUGGGCGGCCCCGGCGCCCUCCCCUCGUCCCCGCUCGCCCCGCAGGGCUCCCCGCUCAGCCCCUCUGCCGUCGACACCCCUCCGCCGCGCAACGGGAGCCCCGCGUGGCUACGUACCCCUUCGCCGCCCUCUGUCUCCGAGGCCACCGAGCCCAGCCGCGCCUGGACCGAGACAGACCCACCCUCAGCCAGCAGCCCCAGCAGCGCCCCGGACCGGGACCUCGGUGUUGGCGGCGACAGCAGCAGUAGCAGCGCCAGCGUUGCUGCCGCCGCGGGCUCCGAAGCUGCCGCCGCCGCUGCCACCGCCACGCCGGACUACGGGGAGAAGCGGCUGCCGCAGGCGCUCAUUAUCGGCGUGAAGAAAGGGGGCACCCGCGCCCUGCUGGAGGCGCUCCGAGCGCACCCCGACGUCCGCGCCGUGGGCACCGAACCCCACUUCUUCGACCGCAACUACGAUAAGGGCCUCGACUGGUACAGGGAUGUGAUGCCCAAGACUCUGGAGGGCCAGCUCACCAUGGAGAAGACGCCCAGCUAUUUUGUCACCAAUGAGGCCCCCAAGCGCAUCCAUUCCAUGGCCAAGGACACCAAGCUGAUUGUGGUGGUCAGGAACCCCGUCACCAGGGCCAUCUCCGACUACACCCAGACGCUCUCCAAGAAGCCGGAGAUCCCCACCUUUGAGGUGCUGGCUUUCAAGAACCGGACUCUCGGGCUGAUCGAUGCCUCUUGGAGUGCCAUCCGCAUUGGGAUCUAUGCUCUGCACCUGGAGAGCUGGCUCCAGUACUUCCCGCUCUCCCAGAUCCACUUUGUCAGCGGGGAACGGCUCAUCACGGACCCUGCCGGAGAAAUGGCCAAAGUGCAGGAUUUCCUGGGCCUCAAGAGGGUGGUGUCGGAGAAAUAUUUCUAUUUCAAUAAGACCAAGGGGUUCCCUUGCCUGAAGAAGCCAGAGGACAGCAGUGCCCCCCGGUGCCUGGGCAAGUCCAAGGGCCGAACUCACCCCAAAAUUGAUCGGGAUGUAAUUCUGAGGCUCCGGAAAUUUUACAAGCCCUUCAAUGUCAUGUUUUACCAAAUGACGGGCCAGGAUUUCCAGUGGGAGCAGGAAGAGGGGGAUAAGUGAUGCUGUGGCAGGCAGAAAGAAGUUGUCUCCUAUCCAGAGAAUCUGCCUGAGUUGGGGAAAGGGCCGGACUUGCCUAGCCUGAAAUCUGGGUCCAGAACUGGCCACCAUAAUUGAAGGGAAUUUGCUCAAUGGACAAAGAUGGGGGCAACACCAUCCCUUUUGCACCUGGACAAUCGCCUCCUUCCGCCCCACAUUUCCAGACCAGCAGGAUCCUGAGCAUAAAGGACACACCGAGGGAAGACCCUCUUUGGCCACUCUUGGUGGAGUCAACUGAUCCUCUUUGUGCAUCCAGAGAGGAAGAAGGAUUGACUGAGACCUUGGCAGGAGAUGCUAGGAGCUUCUUUCUGUCCAGGGUCCCUUUGCAGCAGGAGGUGGCCACUGUGCUGGGGAAAUGCCCAGUUGAUGCGAGUGAAGGGCAAGAGCCAUUCCACACACACCCUGCAUCCUGCACCAUACAUUCAGAUGUUUAUUUUUGAUAUGGGUGGAACCCCUGAGACUGACUUCGGGAGCGGCCCCACAAGGCCAAAGGGAAGGGAAGGCCUGGGUCUCGCCCACCCAGAGAUUCAGGAAAUCUGACUAGCAUCCCAGUGUUCUUCCCAAGCACAAAAAAGUGGGGCUAUUUACGUGUGUGCGUGUGUGUUGUUUUUUUACUGUUCAUGUGACCCACCCUCCACCUCUGUGGAGAAGUUGCUGGCCUGGAGUCUCAGCAUACUGGUGAGCUCCCAGUGCAAAGAGCUGAUGGCAUCUGGGGGAUUUAUUCUUCCUGGCAGUUAGCCUGCAUCAGCCACACUGGUGAAAGUCCUCAGCUCCACCCAUCCGCUUUUGCUACGCAAGAAGACCUCCUCAUUCACCACCAGCUCAGAAAGCACUCCCUUGGAUUUGGGCUUUUGCCUCCCCUCUUUAAAUGUCAGCAUUCCCAGCACACAGAAGAUUGAAUUUUGUAUUUGAUUUCAAUUAGCAAAGCAUAAAUUAUAUUUAAUUUUCUACUCACAGAGACUGGAUGAGUCAUUGUCCUGGAAAGCUGGGGGAGGGGGGAGUUCAGAGAUUGACAAUGGGAGCAUUCAUCGCCCAGGAGCUAAAUUGCUUAAGCUGCCUCCCUCUUCCAUCCAUUCGCUGUCUUCACGCCUCCCCUCCCCCCUCUGUGUCAUCACCCUCUACCUGAGAGAUAUGGAAAUACCAAGCGUGAAUCUGGAGCCAAACCUGACUAAACAAUAAAAACCUUGUCAUGGCA